ACUUUUUUUCAUCCGGUUCCGGCGUCGGUGGCAGCGGCGGUAGCGGCGCUGAAGAACCUUUCGCCGUCCACGUGUGACAGCAGGAGGGUGGAGGCGUAAACCGCUUCACCUCAGUCGCUUUUUAGUUUAAAAAAAAAAACGUUUUUAUUUAUAAAUCCGGCCGCCCUCGGAAAGGAAGAGAAAGGAAAACAAAAUGGGGCGCGGGGCUGCAGGUGAGAAGUAUCAGCCAGCGGCAACAUCUGAAAAUGACAAACGCGCAAAGAAACCCAAGAAAAUGGAUUUGGAUGAACUUAAGAAAGAAGUGUCAAUGGAUGAUCAUAAGCUGACUCUGGAUCAACUCCACCAGAAAUAUGGUACAGACCUCAAUCGGGGUCUCACCGUUGAUCGUGCCAAAGAGAUUCUGCUUCGUGAUGGCCCUAAUUCACUAACCCCUCCUCCCAGAACUCCUGAGUGGGUAAAGUUCUGUAGGCAGCUCUUUGGUGGCUUCUCAAUCCUCCUGUGGACUGGUGCAAUUCUCUGCUUUCUAGCCUAUGGUAUUCAGGUUGCAACCGUGGAAGAGCCGGCAAAUGAUAACUUGUACCUCGGCGUUGUGUUGUCUACUGUGGUCAUUAUAACUGGUUGUUUCUCAUACUACCAAGAAGCUAAGAGCUCAAAAAUCAUGGAUUCUUUCAAGAACAUGGUACCCCAGCAAGCCCUGGUUAUCAGAGACGGGGAGAAGAGUAGUAUCAAUGCUGAGAAUGUGGUUCUUGGAGAUCUGGUAGAGGUAAAAGGCGGUGACCGUAUUCCUGCAGAUCUGCGAAUAAUCUCUGCACAUGGUUGCAAGGUGGACAAUUCCUCAUUAACAGGAGAAUCUGAACCUCAGUCUCGAACUCCUGAAUUUUCCAAUGAAAAUCCCCUGGAGACAAAAAAUAUUGCUUUCUUCUCAACCAACUGUGUUGAAGGUACUGCUCGAGGUAUUGUCGUUAAUACGGGUGACCACACUGUAAUGGGCAGAAUUGCCACGUUAGCAUCUGGACUGGAGGUUGGACAGACUCCGAUUGCUGCUGAGAUUGAGCAUUUCAUCCACAUCAUCACUGGAGUGGCGGUCUUCCUUGGUGUGUCCUUUUUCAUUCUCUCACUCAUCCUGGGAUACUCCUGGCUUGAAGCAGUCAUCUUCUUGAUCGGAAUCAUUGUUGCCAAUGUGCCAGAGGGAUUACUCGCCACCGUCACGGUGUGCCUCACCCUGACUGCGAAACGUAUGGCACGGAAAAACUGCCUGGUGAAGAAUCUCGAGGCUGUGGAGACACUCGGAUCCACCUCUACCAUCUGCUCUGACAAAACUGGAACGCUGACACAAAAUCGAAUGACUGUAGCUCACAUGUGGUUUGACAGCCAGAUUCAUGAAGCUGACACAACUGAAAACCAGAGUGGUGUAUCUUUCGACAAGACUUCACCAACUUGGACUGCCCUUUCCCGUGUUGCUGCAUUAUGCAACCGGGCUGUUUUCCAGGCAGGGCAAGAUUCUGUGCCAAUUUUGAAGAGAAGUGUUGCUGGAGAUGCCUCAGAAUCUGCUCUCUUGAAGUGUAUCGAGCUCUGUUGUGGAUCGGUUCAGCAGAUGAGGGAUCGCAACCAAAAGAUUGUGGAAAUACCAUUCAACUCCACCAAUAAAUAUCAGCUAUCCAUACACGAGAAUGAAAAAGGUAACAGCCGCUACUUGCUGGUGAUGAAGGGAGCACCGGAACGGAUUCUAGACCGCUGCACCACUAUCCUUCUGAAUGGCGAGGAGCAUCCCCUGAACUCCGAGAUGAAGGAAGGUUUCCAGAACGCCUACAUGGAGCUGGGUGGCUUGGGGGAGAGAGUGCUAGGGUUCUGCCAUUAUAACCUUCCUGACGAUAAGUUUGUUGAUGGGUUUCGGUUUGAACCUGAAGAGCCAAACUUUCCUACCGAGGGUCUUUGCUUUAUUGGACUGAUGUCUAUGAUUGAUCCACCUCGUGCUGCUGUACCAGAUGCUGUCGGCAAGUGCAGGAGUGCUGGGAUCAAGGUUAUAAUGGUAACUGGUGACCAUCCAAUCACUGCUAAAGCCAUCGCAAAAGGUGUGGGGAUCAUCUCGGAAGGCACUGAGACUGUAGAAGACAUUGCUGCUCGUCUGAACAUUCCUGUCAGUGAGGUUAACCCCAGGGAUGCCAAAGCUUGUGUGAUCCAUGGAACAGAUCUUAAGGAAUUAACCCCAGAACAGUUGGAUGACCUUUUAAGGUUUCACACUGAGAUAGUCUUUGCUCGGACUUCACCUCAGCAGAAACUGAUUAUCGUGGAGGGCUGCCAGCGACAGGGUGCAAUCGUAGCUGUCACAGGUGAUGGUGUGAAUGACUCUCCUGCUCUAAAGAUGGCUGAUAUUGGUGUUGCUAUGGGUAUUGCUGGCUCUGAUGUCUCCAAACAAGCUGCUGACAUGAUACUGUUGGAUGAUAACUUUGCCUCCAUUGUCACUGGCGUGGAAGAAGGUCGUCUAAUUUUUGAUAACCUUAAGAAAUCUAUUGCAUACACCUUAACCAGUAACAUCCCUGAAAUCACACCCUUCCUGGUAUUUAUUAUUGCGAAUGUCCCACUGCCACUUGGAACUGUGACCAUCCUCUGCAUUGACCUGGGUACUGACAUGGUACCUGCCAUUUCUCUUGCUUACGAACACGCUGAGAGCGAUAUAAUGAAAAGAGAGCCGCGUAAUCCCAAGACGGGCAAAUUGGUAAAUGAGAGAUUGAUCAGCAUGGCAUAUGGACAGAUAGGAAUGAUCCAGGCCUUGGGUGGUUUUUUCACUUACUUUGUGAUCUUGGCUGAGAAUGGGUUCCUCCCGUCAGACUUAAUUGGAAUACGUGAUAAAUGGGAUGACUUGUGGGUAGACAAUGUGGAAGACAGUUAUGGCCAACAAUGGACUUAUGCACAGCGGAAAGUUGUCGAGUAUACCUGUCACACAUCAUUCUUCAUCAGCAUUGUGGUAGUGCAGUGGGCUGACUUGGUUAUCUGUAAGACCAGAAGAAACUCUGUAUUUCAACAGGGAAUGAAGAACAAGAUUCUUAUCUUUGGUUUGUUUGAAGAGACAGCCCUUGCUGCUUUUCUUUCAUACACUCCUGGCACUGAUAUAGCACUCAGGAUGUACCCACUAAAACCCAGCUGGUGGUUCUGUGCCUUUCCAUACAGUCUUAUAAUAUUUCUUUACGAUGAAGCACGAAGGUUCAUCAUCCGUAGGAACCCUGGAGGUUGGGUGGAGCAAGAAACGUAUUAUUAGAAGAACAAAUGCUAAUACAUUUCAACAGUUUGUUUGUCUGCCUUAACUGUUAAAACAUUUAAAGUGCUAAUAGUGAUGAGUGGAGAUGGACUGUUUUGUAAAAAACAAAACUGAAAGUCAGUAGUUUUAUAUAAACUUUUUACAAGUAUAACUUAAAUAAAUUGGAUUAUCAA